UCGAGUCGAGCCAGUACUCGGGUCGGGUACGCGGCCGGGUCGAGCCUCGAGCGCGAGCCGAGUCUCGGGUCGAGGGUGCCGACACUUGGAUUCCUGAGAGUCGGGCCGGGUCGGACAAAUCGGGAACCCUCGACUCUCAGCCGCGAGCCAAGUCUUGAAUCGAGUGAAUCGCUGCAGGUGCAUCGCUGAGAGUCGGGUCGAGUCGGGCAAUUUGGACGCAAUUGACUCUCAGGCGCGAGUCAAGUCUCGGAUCGAGGGUGCCGACACGUGGAAUCCCUGAGAGUCGGGCCGGGUCGGGCAAAUCGGGAACCCUCGACUCUCAGCCGCGAGCCAAGUCUUCAAUCGAGUGAAUCGCUGCAGGUGCAUCGCUGAGAGUCGGGUCGAGUCGGGCAAAUUGGACGCAAUUGACUCUCAGGCGCGAGUCAAGUCUCGGGUCGAGGGUGCCAACACGUGGAAUCGCUGAGGGUCGGGCCGGGGCCGCCACGUGGGACCGCUGAGAGUCGGGUCGAGUUUUGGGGUGUACCACCUAGUUGAGACCGAGGUCGCUGGGAGUUUGGCCUCGAUUGGUCGAGUUGGGUUCCCAGCACGGGGUCGGGCAUCGGCCUUCCGUCCUGAUCGCAAAACGUGACCGAGACCGAGGGCAGUAGCUGAGGAUGCCGCUUCGUGCGUACUCUCGUGGAUGUACGCGCUCUUCGACGAGGGUGGGCUAUUCCCGGAGUACGGGCAGCUCGUCCAGGAUGUCCUGGCGACGGAGAGCAGGACUCGAGUGAGUCCUAGGAGUCCUUUCCGGCAUCGCCAGGACCGCCAGGACUCCAACAUGGUCGCCCAGGACAUGUCCCAUGGGUACACCGAGCUUUUGAGGUCCUCUCAAGAUCCGCAGGAAUUCGUCUCCUUGGAGGAAUUGCAUCCGAGGGUUCAUCAGGACCAUCGAGACCAUGAUCGCGGCCAGGACGUCUCCACGAGCAGAAAUCCUGCGACCUGCCUUUAUCAGGACCAACAGCAGACCUAUUACAACCUUUCGGUCGUUCCGGAAGGUUCGUACACCGCGGUCUACUUCGGCGACCUGGGUGGCGGAAGUUCCGGAGGGGGCGAGUUGUCGGGGGCUGGGGAGGCCCUCGUGCCCCCGUCCACCCCCGGCCGGGGCCCCCCGGGGACUGAUAUGGAAGCGACGACCCCCGCCGUGCCCCCAGGGCACCCCUACCGCCCUCACCACCACAAUCACCACCACCAUCACCACCAUCGUCAUCAUCGACGUCAUCAUCACCACCACCGACCCGCCAACCCCGCCGACCAGGGGCACGUCCAACCCACGGACUCUUCCGACGAGUGCGCCUCCCUCUCCAAGAGGCGCAAGACCCCCUGCCAGGAGGGCGGGGACAUCUUGGACGACACCGGGGACGACUCCCGGUCCGUUCGCACGAGUGACGGCAGCAAAAAACAGAAUCACAGCGAGAUCGAGAAACGACGGAGGGACAAGAUGAACACGUACAUCACCGAGUUGUCGGCGAUGGUGCCAAUGUGUCACGCGAUGUCAAGGAAACUUGACAAGCUGACAGUCCUUAGAAUGGCGGUACAACACUUGAAGACGAUCCUUGGGACGGUGACUUCCUAUACCGAGGACCAUUACAAACCUGCCUUCCUUAGCGACCAGGAACUGAAGACGCUGAUCCUUCAGGCUGCCGAGGGUUUCGUAUUCGUCAUGGGCUGCGACCGGGGGCGGAUUCUCUACGUCUCCGAGUCCGUCACGAAGACGUUAAAUUACUCCCAGAGCGACCUGCUGGGCCAGAGUUGGUUCGACAUCCUGCACCCGAAGGACGUCGCCAAAGUGAAGGAGCAGCUUUCGUCCUCGGACCUCAGCCCUCGAGAACGAUUAAUCGACGCCAAAACGAUGCUACCGGUGAAAACCGACAUGCCUCAGGGAAUGUCCCGCCUGUGUCCUGGAGCCAGGAGGUCCUUCUUCUGCAGGAUGAAGCGAAAAGUCGACGGCGCACGUUGCGGAGAUCCUCAGGUGAAGGAGGAGGCCGACACGACCACCGGCUGCCCCAGGAGAAAAAAGCAGCAAAGUGCAGAUUGGAAGUACUGUGUCAUCCAGUGCACUGGGUAUCUUAAGUCUUGGGCCCCUGCCAAAAUUGGCCUGGAAGAGCAGGAAACCGAAGUCGAGGGCGAGACUUGCAACCUGUCCUGCUUGGUUGCCGUAGGUCGGGUCCAGCCGCCAUUAUCAGCUCCGACUUCCGCCUCGAGGAGGCCGCAACUGCGGUCCGUCGAGUUUGUUUCUCGUCACGCGAUGGACGGGAAGUUCCUCUUCGUGGACCAGAGGGCCACCCUGGUUCUCGGUUUCCUACCUCAAGAACUCCUCGGUACCAGUAUGUACGAGUACUACGAGUACAACGACAUUCCGCAUCUCGCGGAGUCCCACAAAGCAGCUCUACAAUCCUCGGAGCGCGUCACCACCCAGGUCUACAGGUUUCGAAGUAAAGGGGGCAGCUUCGUCAAGCUGCAGUCCGAGUGGAAGUCCUUUCGCAAUCCUUGGACGAAGGACAUCGAGCACUUGAUCGGCAAGAACAAAGUGGUCCUCUGCGACACCAGGCAAGUCGAGAGCAGUGCCAGCAAGUUGGAAGGGUCGAGUGUGCAAGGCAAUUACGACUUUUUUACCCAGAGUAAUGGUGGGUUGGAGAGGUUGAUCUCGAGCCAGGUAGAGGUGAGUAAAAUCGGCAGACAAAUAGCUGACGAGGUUUUGUACCUCCAGAGACGUGGCGAGGAAUCUCCCUCUGGUAGCAGUUCCGGAAUAGGUCCGGAGCCUGGUCCGAUGAACACCGAGUCGCUAAUUACUACGACGGCGUCUCCCGAGGGACUCCACGACGUUCCUCAGCUGGGACUGAGCAGCGACAACAGCAGCAGCAACACGGCUCCGUUGUACGACCGGGUCAGGAGCAACAUCCAGCUCGGCAGCGUUACGAACGACCAAGGAGCCGAAGAGGACGUGAUGGACAUGAUCAGCGGGUCGGCCAUAAACGAGUCGCCCAACCCUAUGCCCACCGAUGGGAACGACGAGGCAGCUAUGGCGGUCAUCAUGAACCUCCUGGAAGCCGAUGCCGGGUUGGGAGGACCCGUGGACUUCUCUGGGCUUCCUUGGCCUCUUCCUUGAAUGCUCUUCGCGGUCGUCUUCUGGAAUUUCUGUCUCCUGUCCCGCCGGAAGGUCCUGGAAAUGCGAACGUGGAUGAGUCCAGGAUGACUUCUCUUGUACAAUUCGAGAGCUCUUAUAUGCAGUGACUAGUUUCCUGGGGGAAACGAAUUCUACCGCUUAAAGGACUUCUGGUCUUCUAUUUUAUGAAGGCCAAGCUAUCCUCGCUGUACCUUGCCCUAGCUUGAAGAUCAACGUGCUUCCUCGCGAGCCACGAGGCUGGAGCCGCUCUUUUGGCACGUGAUAAGUGAUUCAUUCACACGAUCUCCGUAGUUGAUGUUCUUUGUGUCGAUAGAUGACAGAGGAGCAGGUGCGAUAUCAUGCGACCUUACCCCAGUGAUAAUUGUGACGACAUGUAAAUACGGAAAGAGGGACGCACCGAUGUUAGAAUUUUUGCUCUUCUGCUCGUGAAGAGACGACACUUAAGAGAUAGAUCUAUCAUCGUUUUUUAUUCUCUUUUUUUUUCCUUUGCAACUCGCAUUAAACAUGACACCAUCAUGAAACCUUCGAUUGGAAUAGGUACUAUAUCAUGAAUUUAUGUUAUUAGAUAUUUCGAACCGUGCUCCAAUUUUUAGAAAUUUUUUCUCAAAAGAAAAUCCUUCCAAAAAAUUGAUGAAUGCUGGAUUUCUUGCUUGUACUCGAUAACGAGCAAGGAAUGACAGUCGCGUGAAUGCCAAUGUAAAUACUUAUAUAUGAAGUAUAAAAUAGAUGUAAGAUACGUUGUAAGUAGAUCGAUAGGAUGUCGUCGUUGUCCAAUUUCUGGCCGAAAAAUUCGAAAGUCUGUGCACGAUCGUCUUGUUGGGUUUUGAAUGUACGGCGCGUUGCUGUGCGAUGUGCCAAUGUAAAUAAAUACUACUGAGUUACCUUUUAUUAAAGUUUCAAUAAAGAUCGUUUGUUAUCAUUGUGGAA